GACCACCUCGACCAACCAUUACAGGCCACACCCGCCAGCGCCUGCCAAAACACCAAAUAACACCUGCACGCUCCCAGGAAGAUCUUUCCUUACUCAUUGUACAUUUCUUUUGCGGCCGCCCUUUGUUACCACGAACCUGCGGCGUACAUACACAAUACCCACCUCGAUGCCCCGAAGGAACAAGGCUCAGGACCUCGACUUUGAGAUUCACGUCGACCAGUCUUGCAUCAGCGAACCUAUGGACCACGACGAGCCCACCGAGAUGGAGAAGGUGAAGGAUCUCGGUGUCGAACAGACACAGACCGAGUCAAGCACCCAACCAAAGGCUGAGCCAGAGGUCAAGCCAGAGGCCGAUAUCGAGCUCGACAACACCAAAGACGAGCCAGAAGACAAUCAAGAUACCCCCAUCCCCAAAGACCUCGAGGACGAUACACAAGACAAGGCGGCGGCCAAUGAUGCCGAUGCAACUCCGCUGGCGGACGAAAACACACAAGACGCACAUCACUCAGAGAGCGAGUCAGAGGCUUCGGACUCUCGUCGAGAAUCUACUGGGUCUGGAUCAUCAGGCUCAUACGUCUCGCAUCGCCGGACGUCUCAUCGGACAGAGGCAUUGAUCCACGCUGCGGCGAGGGACAUUGUCGACCAGAUUGAGAUGAACCGGGGGCGAGAAUCGAUGAACAGUCUCUCUGGGUCCGAGGACAGCUUUAUCUCCCACUCCCAGGGCGGUAGUGCUCGUCCUUCAGAUGCCCACUCUGUUGCCCAGAGUCACGGACGAGAGUCUCUUCAGAGCCAAGCCGAUGGACGAGAGUCCCUUCACAGCCAUGCGGAGUCUUUUGGCGGUGAACGAGAUUCUCUCGAUAGCCGUGCGGAGUCUUUUGGCGGUGAACGAGAUUCUCUCGAUAGCCAUGCAGCAGAAUCCGUUCGUGGACGUGAAUCUACCCACAGCGGUUCUGGUGCAGAAGAUAGCUACGUCUCCCACUCUCGGCCUGGCAGUGCUCGCCAUUCAGACGCCCACUCGGUUGCUGCAAGCCAUCGCGAGUCUAUCUACAGCGGGCGACAGUCAACCAACAGUCACCGAGAGUCACUCAACAGUCAUCGAGAGUCUAUCCACAGCCGCGCAGAGUCCACUCGCAGCCACCAACGAGAGUCAAUGCACGGCGCCGAAGAUAGCUACAUGUCUCACCCGGUAAGUGCCCGCCAGUCAAAUGGCCACAGAUCAGUAGCUGCCGAAAGCCACCACUCAACAGAAGACGAGCGCAGCAGCUCUCGCAAUGACAUCGACGACGACGUGUUUAGCGACCACAGCCCACGGAGCUCCAUGGGCUCUCUCUCCGAAUCGGAUCACAGAAAGAUGGGCAAGCUUGCGCAAAUGGACGCAUCCCCUCGCAUCUCAGACAUCAGCCAGUAUGACCACGAACAAGAAUUUGUGCCCACCAUGAGGGAAACCCCACGGCCUGCGUUCAGGUCGCCCUCCUCUGUCAAGGCCAUGCAGAUGUCCUCACCGCCAGCGUCGGUGAUGGGAUCUCCUCGAGGCAGGCGGGGCAUGUCGACGAUAUCUCGCCUGGGAUCUCCCAGUGUCUCUGCUCAGUACUCUCCCAAGAAGACACCCCCUCGCUUCAAGAGAAACACCCCACCGCUUGUCCUCCUCCACGUCACUCUCCUGCCACUGCGAUGGGGCUGGGGAGACGUGUUGGAUCGUGCCACGACGGAUGAGUUGGGCCAGGAUGGCAAGACCCUGCGUGAUGCCUGGCGACAGCUCCAGGACCGCAUGGGCGACACAACUGUUGAGCGCGGAAUCCUGCUGCCUCACCCUCAGAACGACUAUGAGAUUCUCGAGGAGCGGUUGCUUGAGGCCCUGGAGUUGCCAAUGCGACGCCGCGCCCGUAUCCUCGAGUGUGGUCACUACCUCGGCCCGUCCAACGAAAUGACCUUGACGGACGAGACGGAUAGUGAAGAUGAGGACUACGAUGACGACGACCGAAGGACCUCAAAGCGCAGUUUGGAUCAGAUCCACUGGUGCAAGACGUGUCGCAGCGAUAUCCGCUACGACUCGCUCGGCCCAGGCAAGAUCUUCCGCGUCAAGGUGUAUGCAUCAAACGGUCUGAUGAAGGCUGGCGCUUGGGAGGCUUGCUGGAAGGAGAUGGAACGAGUGGACGUCGAACUCGAGCCUCUUGUCAACCCAAAAGCUCAAGAGGAGCUAAAUCGGCUGGAGAUUGAACAAGAGAGAGAGAUGGAACUUCGGGAGCAGCAGUACGAGGAUGAGCUGAAUGAUCUUCAUGAAGACGAAUACUCGGAUCAUGAAGAUAUGGAGGAUGAGCUGGAGGAUGAAGACUUGGAGCGUGAGCUCGACCACGACGACAACUUGGAACAUCAUAAUGAACCUCUCGAGAGCCACGAAGAGCAUGACGAGCGUCAUGAAGAGCAUGGCGAGCGUCAUGAAGAGCACGAUGAGCAUCAUGAAGACCUCGGUGCGCAACUUCAUGAAGACCUCGAUGAGGAACUUGAAGAUCUCGAUAAGGAACUUCAUGAAGACCUUCAUAACGACCAUCUCUCAGAGCAUUCUGAUGCUCACGAAGAUCAUGUUGAGCAUCUCGAUGAGGUCCACGACAGAGAAAUUUCUUUUACUGAGCCUACCGCUGAAACCUCUGCGACCGCUGAAAUCCCCGACUCUACUCCGGAGUUUGAAGAGCAACUAAGACGAGAGGAGGAGAGAAUUCGGGAAAUUUACGGCCACGCUCCUACGCAAGAUGACGAACACCAAUACCAGGCUCAUGCACAGUAUGAGGAACGAUAUCAACCCUCAACCGAACCCAUGCCCAACUAUACCUCUCGCGAGGCUCACUCUCCCUCCGCCGAGGCCUACACUUCCCACGAGGCUCCUAAGUCGAAUAAGAAUGACAGCCUCCCGGAGCUGCUCCUUGAGUCAGCUCGUGUCUUGAUGCAGGACAAGAGGAAUCUCAUGAUUGGCGUGAUGAGCUUGCUGAUCCUGGUGCUUGCCAUGCGAGGUGGUCAGACGCAGUCGGAUCCCCGAACGUUCCAGACACUGGUGGUGAGCCCAACAAUCACUGUUACUCAGUUGCCGGCUGCGACAGGCGUGCAGAUUGUGGCGACGGCUGAGAGCCAGGCUGAUAUUCAGGUUGAGGAGACUCAAGUUGAAGAGAGCCGAGUUCUUGAGAUUGAGGCUGAAGAGAGCUGGGCUCAGGUUGAAAUGGAAGAGAGCCAGGUUCUGGAGAUUGGGGCUGUAGAGUCCCAGGUUGAGGAGACCCAGAUCGAAGACAGCCAAAUUGCAGAAAAUCAGGUUGCGGAGAGCCAGAUUCUGGAGAUAGGGGCUGUGGAGUCUCACGUUGAGGAAAGCCAGGUCGAAGAGAGUCAGGUUGCGGAGACUGAGAUCGUUGAGCGUGAGGUUAUCCCCGACGCCAGCGUUGUCGAGGAGAGCCCCAUCCAGGAGAGCGUUACCCCUUCCGAAUGCCUUUCAGCUACGGAGAGCAGCUCGACCCCUCAUGACAGCCACACCACUGUCCCGGCUUCAUCUGGAUCCAAGGACCCCUGUGCCUCAUAUUCACCGACUCAUGAUGGUGAGCCCUCAUCGAGCCAGGAAACUGAGGCGCCAGUCCAAGAGCCACUUCGCGAGACGAAGACGGUCAUUUCCGAGAGAAUCGUGCGGAUCGUUGAGACUGUGACUUCGGUCGAGACGGCAACUAUCAGGAUUACGGAGACGCAGCUUGUGUCACAGGCCACACAGCCUAGUGAUCUUUUUGAGGCUAUACCGUCUAGCCAACUUCAAGCACCUGAUGCCUUUGUCGAGGGGUCUGCCCUAGAAGAGUCUAUCCUUGAAGAGCCUGCCGCCGACGAAGCUAUUGCCGAGGGGCCCUUCCCCGAAGAGUCCGUCCUGCCCACCGACGUCUCGGUUGAAGAGUCUGAGACCCUCGUGGCCGACGAUGAAUCCCUCGAGUCUACGGAUGAAGCUGUCACAGAGCCUACAGUUGAGGCUGAGGAACUGAUGGAGGAAAACCUGGAGGUCAAGGACGCUGAGCCUAUUGAAGAGCCGUCAGCGGGGUCAAAUUUAGAUAUCUGAUGCAAGUGCCAUGAAGGAUAUACCUGGGACGUCUUUGAUGAUUGGGUUCCUGUAGCGAGAUUGAAUAGUGCGUAUCACGAAUGUUUAUAAUUAUGAUGUGAAUAGGGUCAAUAUGAAUAUUUAGACGGAAU